AUGACGUCAUUGUUUCAAAGGGAUUCCAAGAUGGCUUCCCUGUUUGGACCGAACCCUUUCUCAACACCAGUAGGACAAAGAAUAGGUAUUUCUCAAGCUAGAAGUUACUAAUUUUGGAAAUUUUUGAAAUCUUACACUCCUUUCCUUUGACAGAGAUAACUUUAUUGUCCACCUAGUGCAUUAAUUGACACUUAAGCUGGAUCAAAUUCUUCGAUCAUACCUUUAGUGAUCGAGCCUGUAACUUCAUGUGACGUAUAAAUUUUCAGAAAAAGCUACCGAUGGGAACUUGCCAUCCGAAGACUGGGCUGCGAAUAUUGAAAUUUGUGACAUAAUCAAUGAGACCGAGGACGGGUACGUUUAGUCUUAUCAAGAAAUGCUUCUGUUCUCAGCUGUUAAGUUGCAUCCUCAGAGUCUUAAAUUUAUAAUUUUCUAACUUUAAAAUUCUUGUGACCGUCAUCCCUUCGAAUCGCAUUUGUGCAUACAAGCUAAGUAUUCUGUAUUUCUGUGAUGAAUAUUUCAAUUGUAGAUCUUAAUUUGUGAAUGUUUUUCAUUCAACUAGCCCUAAAGAUGCUGCUAAAGCCAUCCGGAAGAGACUGGCUGGAAAUAAAAACUUUAAAAGUGUUCUCUUGACUUUGACGGUGAGUGAUCUCUAAGUGACUGAAAUUUUGGAAGAUACGUAUGCAGUUACCUCUGUAAAACUAACAUUUAUAAAUCGAAUGUUUUUUCUCAUUGGGAUGUUUAUGUUAAAGGAAUUUCAUGAACACUUAAAAAAAGAGUGUCUUGGCUGUUUGGUUUAUUGUGAUUUCCUUCUACAUUCAAAGUAGAUGCUUUAACCCAAUUCUCAUGAGUUACUGAGAAAUAAUUCCUCCUUACAAUAUCAAUACAAUAUCAACCAGACAAGUCAUGAGAAUAAAGAAAAAUAUCAAUAAGUUGAUUCAAUAUCAAAUUCUCCAAACUGACAUCAAAAGAAUUGCAUAGCAGAUAUUAAGGAGAAUUAUUAAUAAGUUCUCAAGAGUGAAAGGGUUAGUGUGACUUUGAUAUUCAUUUCGGUUUCUGUAUUUUAUGUAACUAAUUUAUUUAAUACUUAAUUAAAGUACUCAAGCUCUUGUACUUAUCUAUUCAAUUUUGUUCCUUUCAGCCAAAACCCUAAGUUUUUCUCUGUUAUAAAUCUUUUUCCAGGUACUUGAGACUUGUGUUAAAAAUUGUGGUCAUAGAUUCCAUCUGCUUAUUGCAAAAAAGGAUUUCCUUGAUGAACUUGUAAAAAUUUUAAGUCCUAAGGUAAGUCCUUGGGUUGGAUCAAUCAGUUUGAAGUAUACCUGUGUUAACUGAAUUCAAAGUAUUCCAAAUUCCCAGUCCUCUAGCCUUUUAAAACCUAAGAGUGACCAGCAUCUAAUUUCUCCUCACAGUAAAUACUGCUGUGUUAUUAAUUAAGUUCAUGAGAAUAAAGGAAAUGAUCUCCAACCUAAGAAGCUCUGUUUGUUGAGCAAAUUCUCCUUGCCAGCACCUCAGGAAAUGUAAAGAGAGCAUUAGGGAGAAUUUGUACAUUGAUAUAAAGGUGUAAAGGAUUAUUAACAUCUCUUUCCUUUAUAAAUAUUUAGACUAAUCCACCUCAGGUUGUCCAGGAUAAGAUACUCUCUCUUAUCCAAGACUGGGCGGAUGCCUUCCGAGGAUCUCCUGAACUGACUAAUGUGAUGGAGACUUAUGAAUCUCUCAGAGCUCAAGGUUUGAUAACAUUGUUCAAUUUUACCUUUGAAAUUAAACAACACCAAAGAGAAUUGCUAGCAAGCUUCUGGCCUUAAUAAAAGCUGCCAUUUUUUAUGGGUGCAAUGCUCAAGUUUGUUUUUAAAUUUGUGUGCAGGAAAAGUGAGAAAUGAAUUCCAAGGGAAUUACCAUAGAGACAUUUAAGCAACCUAGAUCUACAAAUGAUGACUGUCCCCCAUCUUUUUGCUUAAGAGUAAAUGUUUAAUAGGCCAGAAUUCAGCAAUGGGGUCUACUGCUCCUAGUAUGUUCUUUGAAAGUUAACUGUGCCGUAGGUUCUUUGAUGCCCUACUCUGUGUAGUAUAGUUAGUUGAAGUUAAGGCUGAAGAAUUAAGUUCACCCCCCAGAAAUCAGAAACACAGAAACAUUUACCUGUGUAGUCAGAUUUUGUUGUCAGUACUUUUCUUUGCAACUGUAGGUUUGGAGUUUCCAGCCAAAAAUCUAGACACCUUGUCUCCUAUCUACACACCACAAAGGGUAAGACACAACAUUAUAAUCAUGAGUUCAUGGAAUUUAUGUAUUACUGGAAAAGUUUUAGUGAAUGUGCAGUUCCUUGAAUUGGAUGAAAGUGUUUAUGGUAAAGGGCAUAGGCAAUUUCAUUGCCUGCUAUCCCAGUGUUAGUAAAACUGGUGGCAAGUUACAAAUUGUGUACAAUGUUGAAAUUCUGAACUGUAGGGUUAAGCUGCUUUUAAAAUAAGAAUGCAAUGGGCAAGCCAUAAUUUUUUUCUACUGAAAAAACCUCUGCUGUGAUAUUUGUUAACCCUUGAAAUCCCAAGAUCUCAUUAGUGAUUCUCCUUACUGUCUGCCAUACAGUUCUUGUGAUAUUAGUUUGGAGAAUUUAGUAUUGGAUCAACUUAUAAUUCCCUAACUGAUAUUUUCUAUAUUCUCAUCACUUGUCUGCUUGACAUUGUAUCAAUAUUGUAAGGAGAAAUUCUGUCACCAUCACUUAUGGGAGUUAAAGGGUUAAGACCAACAAAACCCAAUGGAAACCCAGACUCAAAAGAUGGAUUAUGAGCACAUGCAAUACCACUCUUCCAAUUUCUAGAUUCUAGUUCAUUUAUAGGGCACAAGAUUUUCCAGGUACUCCCUCAUUUAUAUAAUACAGAAUGAAACAACAUAUAUUUACACCGUUAUUCACACAACUUCAGACUCAACCAGAACGACCAGCCCCAGCGCCAUCAAGGCUGCCUCCCAGUCAGGUAAUUUUUUUUGUUUCACUUUUCUUUGCAUUUUUAAGGGGGAGAUCAAUGUAGUUUAGAAACACUUUGGCCCAGUUUUUAGUAUGCAAAAUAUGUCUCAAUAUCAUAAUUCAAGUUUUUGCUAGGUCAUUUGGUAGGAGUUUCAAUAACUUUUUCCUUAAGCACCUGCUGAUGGUGAAAUAGGCAGCUGUGUCCAGAAAUGGGGCUGCUAGGGAAAUCCUAAUGCAAGAGCCUGUUCUUAGACACAACACUUUAGUCUCAUAAUGCCUCUCUUCACUCAGGAUUACAACUAGGCAGAAGCAAACUCUCUAGCAGAACUUGAUAAACUGCACAGGGGUCACAUGUAUCCAUUAUGGACAGUUAAGCAUCUCAUUCAGGAGGAACAGGGAUACUCCAGGUCUAUUUGUGUUAAUGAAACUGGGCUAAGUGCCUCUCUUAAACUUAACAUACAGGACAGGACUGUUCAACCCCUCCCUUGUCUUCCACCUUAGUGCAAAUCUCUAAUUGAUAUGAUAUUCAUGAUAAAGGGAGUUAUGCUUUUCAUUUCAAGUCAAUAUGGUGCACCAUAUUUUUUUCAUAAACUUUACAUCAGUUAGUUACUCUGCCUUUCAGCCUCCUGUGCCACAGCCAGUCCAAUCUAUGCGUCCAAUGCAAGCACCCAGCGGUCCUGUGGUUCCCACACCUGAGCAGCUUGGAAAAAUACGCUCAGAAAUUGACAUUGUGAAUGGAAAUAUAAAUGUUAUGUCCGAAAUGUUAACAGAAAUGACACCUGGACAGGAAGAAGCAGGAGAUUUGCAGCUCUUACAAGUAAAUCUUUAAAAUGUGUAUUUAAAAAUAACCUAGGUGUACUAGGUGUGCUUUUUGAUCAAAAAAAUCGAUCAGCAAUCUCUUGUGUAAUGGACAGAAAUUCCUCAAGCUUGAUGCAGAUUAAUCUGUUGGACAAAGAAAGGUUAAAGAAUGCAAAUCUUCCCGGAAGCCAUUCAGUUUCAUGUUUUGGUAUCUGUUGUUUUGAUAGGAAUUGAACAGAACUUGUCGUGCCAUGCAGCAGCGAGUUCUGGAGCUGAUUGAGAGAGUAGCAAAUGAAGAAGUAGUUGGUAAGAAUGUCUGAGUUUUAUCCCUCUGACCCCUGAGAGUAACUAAUAUCUAACUUCUUACAAUGUCACUCCUGAAUCACAUGUUCAGGUCAAGGAAACAAUGAAAAUAAUCACCCACGAAAGAAGUUCUUGAUUCUUAAAAAAAUUCUCAUUGUCAUAACCUUAGGAAAUGUGUAGAGAACUCAUACUAUAUAGAGAAUAAUGCAUACUGAUAUUAGGGGGUAAAGGGUCAAAUUAAUGCAAUUCAGGGAUAAAAUGAACAUUUAUAUAGGCCUAACUUCUUGGUUCAAAGGUAAGUGCUUAGAGCCAAACCAGAUCAUCAUUUUUUUGCUGCUCAGGAAGAUGACCUUCACAGCCUUGUCAUUUCAUUCCUCACCUCCCAGCUGUUAUUAACAGCAGUGUCAUUGUAUUUGAUCAAAUUUUAAGGGAGAAUUUUGCUCUCAUCUACAUUCCACCUUGGCAGCCAUGUGAAAAAAAUUUUAUGCAACAGGAAAGAUUCAAGGAAUGUUUUUGCAUUGUGCCUGGAAGACUUUCAAAGUUACGAAACAAUGUUGUUUGAAAGUAUAACAGCAGCAUUUGAAAGAACAUAAUCAAAGGGUCUGUUUAUUGCAAGAAUUUUCAAUGACAUGCAUCUUUCUGCAUUAGGUAUGCUGUUGAGUGUUAAUGAUGAUCUCAACAAUGUGUUUAUUCGAUAUGACCGGUAUGAGAGGUUUCGACAAGCAGUACAUCAGCAGAGUCAGCCAUCAGAAGCUCCCCCUACACCCCCAAGACCUGCUCCAGUGGAACCUUUACCAGUUCAGACUGGUAGAACAACAACAGCCUGGCCAGAAAAUUCACACAGAGUAAGGACUGAUUUCUUUACAGAUCUUCUGUAAAACCUAUAAAACCUCUCUGGAUUAUCAUCCAGGCAGUGCUUGUGAAGUGACUGAGUAUCAUGGAUCUGAUGAACACAACGAAUGGUAGGGGUGGGGUGAAGAUUCCUCUCAGUCCAACAAACAUUGAAAGUUUGACUAUCUUUCUCUCUCCUUCCUUCACGUAAAAUUUCACGUUCUUUCAAAUGAGCCUUUGAGGACGUAUCUCUCUUAGGGAAACAUUGCAGUUUUGAUUGUUGACUCAAGGUAAAAUUUUUCAUUUUCAUAUAUAGUUACCAGGUACAAUUGAACCAUCUCAACCGCAACCUCCAGUAGCGGUGCCAGCUUCAGCAGCGCUGGCACCAGCUUCAGCAGCGCCGGCACCAGCUGGGUAAGGCGUCAUAUAUACAUUUUCUCCGAGAGACAUGUAGUAUAGAAUUGGAAGCUCAGAUCGGAUCACCUUUGUUUUGUUCUUUGGUGAGACCCUGGGCUCUGAAGUACAUGCUGAUAAUUACUUAAUUAUUUUUCCUUAUUUCUUGUCUCUCAGGGGUGACUCGCUGAUUAGUUUUGAUGAUGACGUAUCCACUCCUUCCCAGGCUGCCUCCGUCAAUGGCAUGACCUCUCAGGUGCAAGCCAUGAGUAAGUAUUGACUCUGGCUUUGCUGCGUUUUAGGAGCUCAUCUAAUUAUUGUUUUAAGGCGUUACUGCUAUAUUUGAUGACAUGUGACCAAGUCUGUUCCAAGUUAAUCAGUGAGGUUUUUUUUUUAAUAGAAACAUUACCUUUCAAUAAAGGGAAACCAUAAAUAGGUGGUAAAAGAUCAAGGGACCGUAAAGAAGCUACAAAUGAAUGGUGGUUGUUUGUUGAGAAUGGAGAAGAUAAGCGCGGACUUCAAAUAUAGCAGUUUUCAAUCGAGUGGCAAGAAAACUAAACCUAAAGUAAUCACAACGGCCUAUCAGAGCAAAGCUUAAAAUCAUGAUUAAGCAAUGGGAACUCAAAGAAAAAACAAGCAACCUGCUUGAAGCGCGGGAAAACGCAAGUGACCAGGAUGGGGUUGGUUUUAGUCUUGCAUUUGAUUGGCUGAGAUGGUGGCGCGAGAACGAGGUAGAGCAAAACCAAAGAAAUCCCUGAUCACUUUCGAUGCUCAACUAAAAGCUGCUAACUUGUUUCAGUGGAAGAGCCGUAAAGUAGGUCCUUUCAUCUUACUUUGUCCUGUUUGUAUGUAGAUAUAGGAACCACUUCUGCUGACCAGGAGGAUGAAGAAUUUGACAUGUUUGCUCAAUCACGGAAAACUACUUUUGACGAGAGCAGGAAAGGGUGAGUUUCUCAGUUUUUUCCCAUAUUUUGUGAAGGAAAUGAAACCCUCCGGAAGGAAGCUAAGGAGUUCAUCAUAUUCUCAUCGGUUUUUUCUCUUUUUUUACAAUUCCGAGCUAUUUCUUGAAACUUCAUUCCUGGGAGAUCAGAUUCCUUGAGUGUAAAAUUACUUUCAGAGUAAUUUCGUGAUCCUGUCUCUUAGAUUAACCCUCUCCUAAGCUGACCCAGCCUUUUCAGUAAUAACAUAUUUCAUUAACGAUGACAAAUCGUCGUCGCGAAUUUUUUUAUUUUUAUGUCGAAUGAUUUUCCUUGUUUUCCAGCGGAUCCUCGUACACGGAUAACCUGCAGCCCUUCGAUCGCUCGAUUGGUAAUUCCAUGUCUCUUCAAAAGACAGACACCGCAGACACACAAGCAGCCAAGGUAUGUGGUAUUUUUAUUGAUAGAGCACUCUUUAUUUGAUUGUUGUUUAAAACCAAACAAAAGUUAUCAUAAAAGCCAUUAAGAAGACAGGAAAAACCUCUAAGAACCAAUGAGAACUCAAAAGAAGAACAACCAAACUGCCUAAGGCGCGCGAAAACACGGAAGGCUAAGUCGUGAUUGGUCUAAGUUUUGCAUCUGAUUAAUAAAAAAUUGAUAUUUAGUUGUGUUGUGAUUGGUCCUUGUGACGGCUUUGGUUCUGGUGCAACGACAUUGUCAUAAAGCGCUGUGAUACUUUGAUGCUGCUCGGUGGUAAGAUUUGUAUCAAAUUCGUUGGAAGGGUUUGAGUAUAGAGUAUAGAGUCCUCUUUCACAGAUCGAAAGAGCAAGGCUAAUGAUUGAAGAUAACUGUCUUAAAUUGGCCAGCCCAAAUUAUAUAACAAACUAAUAUUAUUUCAGACAGCUAAGAGAGAUUAUAUAUGACUAGUUAGAAAUUAGUCCACUUUCGUACAAGAUUUGAAUAACUCGCAGUCAGUCUAUGAGUUAUCAUAGACUUGAUAGUAAGUCGAGACUUUUUUAACGUACUUGUGUUUGUUUUUCCUUUUUCCUGCAGACCGAGGAACGAAGGUUAGAGAAUUAUUGGUGGAAAAGCUACACCAAUGAUGACUUAUUCGUGCAAAAGCCUUUCAAGUAGACGCUACCCUCCGACUGACAGAGUGUCCCUUUAAUCUAAAUUGAGGAUGUGCAUUGUCCCCCCCCCACCCCAGGGCUAUAAAUAGGUUGCAGUUGGGGGUAAUGCAGCAGCAUCCCAAUUAGGAGGAGUCGCGACUCUCCAAGUUGAUUCUAGCCACGGAAACUGGGACAAGCCUUGGUUUUGUGGGCCCUGGGAGAUAUUCCAGGGAGAUACCCCCGGAAUAAACCCUCGGGAUAUAUUUCCGUAAGAUACCCCCUGGAGAUACCCCUGGAAGAUACCCCUUGGAGAUACUUCCAGGAGGGGUUAUCUGCGACCUGCUAACUUUUCGCCAAGGACAAGUUACAAUACUCCAAGUAACUUCAAGUUACAGAAAUCGGCAUAAAGUUGAUCAGUAAUGGGUCACUUUGCUCGUAAGAUUGAAGUUUUGAUCCUUUGAAAUGGCUGAUCCACUCGCCUCCAAGCGUUUUUGUAAGCUAUGAUUUAUUUUGAAGGCGCGUAGUCAUGUUUUUUGCUCUAGAGCAUUGUACGUAUCACUGACGGGGAGCACCUCGGAUCAGAGCCAUAUAUCUCCUCCCCCCCUAGUAACAAUGUUAUAGGGAAGUCCACCAAUGUUCAGCUUCUAAAAUUGUCUCUGUACUUUUUUUAUUUCAGUGCAAUGGAUGACAUUGAGUCGUGGCUCGAUAUAACGGAGAAAGAUGUGGUAAGGAUAGCAAUAGUUAUGUAUUUUUAUUCAGAUUGAUAUUACAAAUUUGAAUUUCAUAAGUGUAUAGACUCAAAACAGUUGUCCAUAUAUCAAAUUAGGGUAAUUAAGUAUUAUCAACUGAGUUGAUAACGUAAAUUGGCCACCGUAAAGAGUUUCAAAGCUGACGUUUGGAGCGUUAGCCUUUUCAAAAGAACGAAUGGCGAAGGGCUAACAUUCGAAAUGUCAGCUUUGAAACUCUUUACGGUGGCCAAUUUACGUUAUCAACUCAGUUGAUAAUACUAAAUUACCCUGUUUCACUCUCCCACCGACGUAGUACCACAGUUUAGAAAGUUAUCCCUGUUAUUCUUAUUUUAAAUUACCUUGGUGUUGUGUUUGGAUUCUGACCGCUCCAAGCAAGGUCCUCAUGUUCUCGGAUCAAUGUCAGUAUCGGAGCAACUACGUACCUACCCCUCCCCUAACCCAACAUCAACCCCAAGUUGGGAUAAGUUGACUGUUUUCGGGUUACGGGAGGGAUAGGUGCGCAGUUGCUCAGAUACUGACAUUGAUCCGUGUUCCCCAUCCAUACUCGUGCCCAGUACUAAGCUCUACUGGGAAGAAUUUUCUAAGCUAGAGCAGCUUUGUGCGAGCAGAGCGCGCGAAGUAUGACUAAGAAGAUAGAGAAUAACUUUCCUUCGCUACGGAAACGAAUAAACAACCAUGGGGUACUAGUGCUUUGGCUGUGCCAAAGGGGAUUUUAUCAAUAAGUCAGUAACACAUUUGCUCACUCAACAGGCUGAAGCCGCUGCUGGCCAACCAGCUGGUGACACCUUGAGUAGUUCAGGUUUGUGGAGCCUAAAGUGCAUUUCGAUUUGAAAUUACAAUUGUCAGAAGUAACAGAGGAAAGUAUCAGCCACCAAGGACUCAUAGCUAGAACUGCCUGAAGCGCGGGAAAUUUCACGUGAUCAAGUCAUGAUUGUUUAAAAUUCGGCUGCAUCUGAAUGGUUAAUGGGUACAAUGCAAUGCAAUGAAAUCUCGGGUAACUUACGACUCUCAAAUGAAGAUUUUCAUUGAUACUAUGUGAUAUUUUCUUUAGUUGUGAUCGACCGUUGAAAUUGCUUCGAUUACAAUGGAAAACUUUCUCUUUUUUUUGCAGCAAGUCGUUUACGAACAUCAUUUUCGCUUUUUCUUUCAGAGUUCGACCAGUUUCUUGCGGACCGAGCCGCUGCAGGCGGUAUGCGGAGUGGUAGCGUAAAGGGAGGCAGUAACCGUCCCAGACAGAGACAAAUGCAAAUGGAAAACCAGGCGGAUGAUGAAAUGUUCGGCUUAUGA